GGCUUGGCUGUAUCAGCUUUGCGUUGGAAUUUUGCCAUGAGAUUCAGAUGCUGAGCACAAAAUUGUUAAACAGAAAUCUAAAAUAUGGAACCCUAGAAUUUGUGUGUUUCUCGGAAUCGGUGAACGUUUUCUCUGGUUUGUGGUGUUGAGACGCAGAGAAAAAUGUCGACGGACCUGCAAUUGAAGUCGAGUUGUAGCGGAUGCGGAUCAACGACGGAUCUCUACGGAAGCAAUUGCAAGCACAUGACUCUGUGCUUGAGCUGCGGCAAAACCAUGGCGGAGAAACGCGCCAAAUGCUUCGAUUGUGGGGCCACCCUCACUCGCCUCAUUCGAGAAUAUAAUGUUCGUGCAAGUUCUACCAAUGAUAAGAAUUACUUCAUUGGAAGGUUCAUAAACGGUUUGCCUGAUUUUUCGAAGAAGAAAAGUGCUGAGAACAAGUGGUCUCUGCAGAAGGAUGGACUGCACGGACGCCAAAUUACUGAUACUCUGCGGGAGAAGUACAAGAACAAGCCUUGGCUCUUGGAGGACGAAACGGGUCAGUCCCAGUUCCAGGGUCAUCUAGAAGGUUCCCAAUCGGCUACAUAUUACCUGCUAAUGAAGGAAAGGAAGGAGUUUGUUGCCAUUCCUGCUGGUUCUUGGUACAACUUUAACAAGGUAGCUCAAUAUAAGCAAUUGACAUUGGAGGAAGCAGAAGAGAAGAUGAAGAAUAGAAAGAAAACUGCAGAUGGAUAUCAAAGAUGGAUGAUGAAAGCAGCAAAUAAUGGCCCAGCUGCAUUUGGUGAACAUGGGAAAUUUGAUGACAAGGAAAGCAACACAGGUGGAGUGAGAAUCCGUAAAAAAACUGGUGAGGAUGAUGAAGGUCAUGUCUCUGAUAAGGGAGAGGAGGAUGAAGAGGAGGAAUCAGAAAGGAAGAGUAGACUUGGACUAAAUAAAAGAGCUGGUGAUGAUGAUGAAGAAGGUCCAAGGGGAGGGGACCAUGAUCUAGAUGACGACGAUGUUGAGAAGGGUGAUGAUUGGGAGCAUGAAGAGAUUUUCACUGAUGAUGAUGAAGCUGUUGGCAAUGAUCCCGAGGAAAGGGAGGAUUUGGCUCCUGAAGUUCCUGCUCCUCCUGAAAUCAAGCAGGAUGAGGAAGAAGAGGAUGAAGAUAAUGAAGAGGGGGGAGGUCUGAGUAAAUCUGGGAAAGAACUGAAGAAGCUGCUUGGAAAAGCUAGUGGUCUGAAUGAAUCUGAUGCAGAGGAUGACGAUGAUGAUGACGAUGAUGUGGAGGAUGAUGUUGGUGUUCCUCCUGCCAUUGCUACGAAGCAAAAGGAUGCUCUUAAGGAAGAACCCGUUGACAACAGCCCUUCAAAGCCAACAGCAACAGGACCUGCUCGUGGAACACCUUCUUCAAAGUCUUCAAAGGGGAAGAGAAAAUUAAAUGAAGAAGCAAAGCCAUCUAAUACUGCACCUCCAAAGAAGGUGAAGGUAGAAAAUGAACCAAAAGUGUCCACCAAAGAUGGAAAUGGGUCUGCAUCUAAAAAUAGUGCACCUCCAAAAGGUACACCUCCAUUGUCAUCAAAGGCCGGGUCUUCCACAACCACUUCUGGACCUGUGAGUGAGGAAGAAAUUAGGGCUGUUUUAAGGCAGAAGACUCCGGUGACCACUCAGGAUCUUGUAGCUAAAUUUAAGGCAAGACUAAGAUGUUCAGAGCAAUUUUCGGGUGAUCCAUUUGGAUUGAUGGCUAAACUGCAUCUGUGCUUCUUUGCCACAUGCAGGAUAAGCAAGCAUUUGCUGAGAUCCUUAAGAGAAUCUCUAAGAUACAGAAGACUACAAGUGGAGCCAGUUAUGUUAUCCUGAGAGAUAAGUGACAAUGUAGACCCCAAUGAUUGGUUUUGACGGAAAAUGCAGCAUUAAGAAGAAAAUAAGUUCAUAUACCAUGUAUAUUUUUCACAUUUUGGGCCCAAUCUUUGAGAUUUAUACUAUUAAGUUAAUGCCCAUUAAGUGUACGACUUUUGCUUUAAAACUCGUUGAAGAUCAGUUUUCUUCUGGGAGAUGCAAAUUGUACAAGAGUAACAAUACUUAUUUUUCGUGUUAUGUGGCCAUUCAUAAAUGUUGUGAACUGUAAAAUGUAGCUUGAGCAAUUUCAUCAAUCAUGAUAUUUCGAAAUGCUUUAGGAAAA